AUGGAAGAAGGAGAGAAUUUGAAAUUUCGUAGGAGCGCGGGACUAUGGGAAGAAGAAGAUGAUGAUGAAGAUGAAUGUUGGAGUGAGCUUAAAAAAACACCACAUGAAUGUUUCGACAACAUUACAGGAAUCUUUCACGGACGUUUUCAUGAGAUCAAGAAACAGUGUUGUGUAAUCGUUGAUUCACUUUCUGAUUUGUGUUGGCUGAUCAUCUUCCCGAGCAUGCCUUACAUACGUUUCAUGAUUAAGGGUAUGUGCACUGCCAAAUACGGAUUGCAUUGA